AUGACUUCGUCACCGCCCAAGGCCCCUGUUGUGGCUGAGGCCCAUGAGGUCGAUACAUUUCACCCACCGGAGAAGAUGCUGGCCAACAUCCAGGAGUACGAGAAACUCUACGAGGAGUCCAUCAAGGAGCCGGAAAAGUUCUGGGGCCGCCAAGCACGCGAGCUGCUCACUUGGCAGCGUGAUUUCCAGACGGUCAAGAGCGGUUCUUUGGACAACGGCGACUGCGCCUGGUUCCUUGAGGGCCAGCUUAACGCCUCCUACAACUGCGUGGAUCGCCAUGCUUUCAAGGACCCUAACCGGGUCGCUAUCAUCUACGAGGCCGAUGAGCCCAACGACGGCCGUAGCUUGACCUACGGCGAGCUGCUGCGCGAGGUGUGCAAGACCGCCUACGUGCUGAAGAAGAUGGGCGUCAAGAAGGGCGAUUCGGUUGCCAUCUACUUGCCCAUGAUUCCGGAGGCUCUGAUUGCCUUCCUAGCCAUCACCCGUAUUGGUGCGAUCCACUCCGUUGUCUUCGCCGGUUUCUCAUCCGAUUCCCUGCGCGACCGUGUUAUCGAUGCCGAGAGCAAGGUUGUCAUCACCUCUGAUGAGGGCAAGCGCGGUGGCAAGCUCAUUGGCACCAAGAAGAUCGUCGACGAUGCGCUGAAGCAGUGCCCCGACGUCCGCCAUGUUCUCGUCUACAAGCGCACCGGCGCUGACGUGCCCUUCACCAAGGGCCGCGACCUGUGGUGGCACGAGGAGGUCGAGAAGUGGCCCUCGUACAUUGCUCCCGAGCCCAUGAACUCGGAGGACCCUCUGUUCCUUCUGUACACGUCCGGCUCGACCGGCAAGCCCAAGGGCGUCAUGCACACCACGGGUGGCUACCUUGUUGGUGCUGCUGCCACCGGCAAGUACGUCUUCGACAUCCACGAGGGCGACCGCUACUUCUGCGGUGGUGACGUGGGCUGGAUUACCGGUCACACGUAUGUCGUCUAUGCGCCUCUUCUGCUCGGCGUUUCUACUGUCGUAUUCGAGGGCACACCCGCCUACCCCAACUUCUCGCGCUACUGGGACAUCAUCGAGAAACACCAAGUCACUCAGUUCUACGUCGCGCCCACAGCGCUGCGACUGCUGAAGCGCGCUGGUGACCAGUACGUCAAGCAUAAUAUGAAGCACCUGCGUGUGCUCGGCUCCGUGGGUGAGCCCAUUGCCGCUGAGGUCUGGAAGUGGUACUUUGAGACCGUCGGCAAGGAGGAGGCCCAGGUUGUUGACACCUACUGGCAAACCGAGACCGGCUCCAACGUUAUCACCCCCCUUGCUGGUGUGACCCCCACCAAGCCCGGUUCAGCGUCCCUGCCGUUCUUCGGCAUCGAGCCUGCCAUUAUCGACCCCGUCAGCGGCGCCGAGAUUACGGGUAACGAUGUUGAAGGUGUUCUUGCUUUCAAGCAGCCAUGGCCGAGCAUGGCCCGCACCGUCUGGGGCUCGCACAAGCGCUAUCUCGACACCUACCUGAACGUCUACAAGGGCUACUACUUCACGGGUGACGGUGCAGGCCGUGACCACGAGGGCUUCUACUGGAUCCGGGGCCGUGUUGACGAUGUCGUCAACGUUAGCGGUCACCGCCUAUCGACGGCUGAGAUUGAGGCUGCCCUCAUUGAGCACCCGGCUGUGGCCGAGUCGGCUGUCGUCGGCGUGCACGAUGAGCUGACGGGCCAGGCCGUCAACGCCUUUGUGGCUAUCAAAGACGGCAAUGAGAUCAACGACGCCCUGCGAAAGGAGCUAAUCCUGCAGGUGCGCAAGAGCAUCGGUCCCUUCGCGGCACCCAAGGCCGUCUUCAUCGUUCCCGAUCUGCCAAAGACCCGCUCGGGCAAGAUCAUGCGGCGUAUUCUGCGCAAGAUUCUGGCCGGUGAGGAGGACCAACUCGGUGACAUCACUACGCUGUCCGACCCGACCGUUGUCGAGAAGAUUAUCGCUGUCGCGCACGACGCCAAGAAGAAAUAA